AUGAAUGACUAUGGGCGGAGGGUGGUCAAAGUUCUCGGUCCAAAGUCAACAAACAGCCACAGUCUUAAGAUGAAGGACCCUAUCAGCACCUGCUCUUAUAACGAACUUUAUCAAAAUGUUAAACGGUUCUCAAAAACUGGGGAGUAUUUCUGCAAAGAGCUCCUCACAGUUUUUCAGCAAAGGGCUGAGCUGGAAUUCACCUACGCCAAAGGACUUCAAAAACUUGCAGGCAAACUCAUCAGAGCCUCUAAAGGAAUGCCAAAUAAUUCCACCUACAGCGCCUGGUGUCAUGUGUCAGAUGAGAUGUACUCAAGAGCAGACGCCCACAGAUCAUUGGGAAACGCAUUUCAACAGGAAGCAAUUCUGGAAAUAAGACAAGUUCUAGAAGAGCAAAAUAAGAGGAAGAGGCCUCUUGACAAUGCCAUUGAGAGAAAUGGAAAACUUGUUACUGCAAACUGGAGUGAGCAACUCAAGAUCAAGAAGAAAUUGGUUGGACUAACAAGAGAACAUGAAGCUUUGUUCAACUUUGUUGAGAACAACAAACACAUCUGCACUGAAAAAGAAAAACAAAAGAUGCUGAACAGACUGACAAAGUCAGCAGAGAUGCAGGCGCGGGUGGAUGAGGAGUACUUUAAUAUCAACUUGGAGGGUCAUCAAAUGAGACUCAAGUGGGAAAACACACUGAAAAACUGCUACCAGAUCAUUCAAGAGCUGGAGAAACAGCGGAUUGAAGUCCUCUGUGACAUUUUGAACAGAUACAACCUCUUCACGUCGGGCUUUGGGCAGACCAUCAGUCAUGGCCAAAAACAGAUUGAACAGGCCACUCAAAGGGUGGACAUGGACAGAGACAUUCAAACCCUGGUGGAGGAAAACAACAUCAUGCAUGUGGAUAGCAAAGCUGAGUUUUUGAUGGUUGAUUAUUAUGAAGAAGAGAGCAAAUCGUUCAUGGGCAGAGAGAGAAGAAAAGACGCCAUCAAACUCAAACUCCAGCGUCUGGAGGACAGCAUCACAAGAACACAGAAAGACCGGGAAGGCAUUGAAAAACUGAUAAAAAGCUACACAGAAAAUCCCUCUUUUUCAAACCAGAAGAACCUUGAGGAAACAGAGCAGCAGCUGGAUGAGUGUACUCUAAAACUGGAUCUCCUGGAGGCCACCCACUACAAACUCUCUUUAUCGCUGUGUGAACUAGAGGGGAAACCCAAGUCCUUUCACCGAUUUAAAGACAGCAUUAUGAAGUGGAAAGACAAGGACUGUGAGCAUACCAUCGUUCAACUGAGUCGUCCAGUCAAACUCAGGAGGACCCCGUUCAGAUCCCGGCAGUCACUGAGAGCUUCAAUCAUUUACAAAGGACCUGCUCAGUUUGGGACACAACGAUCAGUGGAGACCUCAACAAGUGCACCUGAGCAGGUCGCUUCAUCAGCUACGACACAGGAAGCCGCAGCUGUGGAGUGUGACAGCACUGUGAACGGCGACCCGCCUCACACCGAUGACAAAGAACAAGGUCAAAUAACAGCAGAGAUGAGCAGCCUGGGAAAAUGUAAAGCGCUGUAUGACUUCACACCUGAACAUGAAGAUGAGCUGACUUUAAAAGAAGGAGAUCUUUUAGACAUUUAUAGAAAGGAGGAGACUGGUUGGUGGUUUGGCCAACUGAACGGAAAGACGGGACAUUUCCCAUCAACCUAUGUGGAGGAGCUACCCGUGUUGAGUAGCAUCAAAUCGUCUGAGGCCUGAUCUGCAAAAAUCAUCAUACCAUUAAAGACUGACACUCCUGCAGCAGAAAUUCAACUGAGGAAAACUCACAGAAAAAAAUACAAAUUAUUGCACCUUCAUCUGCCAACAAACUGGAUUAGCUCACUCUCUUCUGAAGUUCUUGAUGCUGUGUUUGUACAUUUUAAACCUUAAUCAUUUUUUUCUCAUUAUUUAUUCCUCAUUUUGUACAGAAUAAAAACUAGAAUGGGCAUUUCAUAAAUAUGUUUAAAUAGAUCAAAAGUACAGAUUUAGCCGACCAGUUUACUGACUCCUUUCAUUUGAGUGACUACUAUAUGAGCAACAAUAAAUGGAGAAUGUUAAAGUUAUAAUGAAUGUCUGAUUACUUCACGUAUCAAAGACCUGUCAGUAUUUCCACCCAAACAUACUGAGGGUUUGAAUCACUGUCAAGGAAGAAGUCUUCGGGAAAAUACAAUAAGACCAAGCUUUGAAAAAACAAGACAAGCAUGAGCACAAACAAAACAACAACCAGCAGUUAUGACUUUAAAAG